CGAUCUCCACUCCCGUACAUCUCACCACGUGGCCCUCCAUUGCCACAUUACGAGGAAUUCAAUGGGUUGGCAUGGAGUCAGCCGACCCGUCAGGUGACAGCACGCCCAUUUUUUUGGCCUCAGGGCCAAACAGAACCACAGAGUCGAUCUCAGUCCCCUGCCACACCUCGCACUAUCUCACAUGGCCUACCAGAUUAUUAUCAUGCAUCACAGCGCGCGAAUAUGAGCGGUACCCCGACUGCUACACCCAGCCCGACUACGUCACAGCCAUCGACCUCAUAUAACCCAAAUGUUGUGACGUCGGAGCCUCACGAAAGCAGCUCUGAUUCUGACGAAGAACCUCCCCGACCAGGAGAUGUUGAGACAGUUGAUAGGUAUGGUCGUCUCAUAAUCAAGCCAGUUGGAUACGGCUUCUAUCCGUGCAAAGCAACAAAAAAGGUUUCACAGUCAGUCAAAUCACUAUAUAGAGGCGCCAUUCCGUCUUGGGGCAAGGUGGAUGUGGAUCUGAAGAAGCAGAUGUUUGUAGAAUUCAGGAAAAAGUGUUUUUGGAACCCGGAACAUGAGACUCUAGUAGCGCAAAAUUUCGAGAAAAAGGCGGGGAAUAUACUUAAGCAUGCGUUACGUAGAGCCCGUCAAAAAGUCUUGCAGCCUAAGUGGAUCCGUGAUGAUAACUGGAAGAUACUGCUGCACUUCUGGGCGACUGAUCCGACGUUUUUAAAGCAAAGCGAAAAUGGGAAGAAGGCCAGGGCCUCCGAUAAGGGUGGAUUUCGACACACUAGUGGGGCCACCAGCCAUGAGGAUGUUAGGAUGAAGCAGACGCUCGAGAGGGGUGAGGAAGUACCUCAAGAUGAAGUCUUCAAGAUUACUCACACGAGGAAGGCGAAGAAUGCCGAUGGUACGGAACAAUGGAUUGAGCCUAGGGCUCAACAAACCUAUACCGAGUUUCAACAACACAAGUUGGAAUAUUGUGCCAGUCAGCCAGCCGGGACGUCGAUGACGAACGAGAUAAUUGCUCAGCAGUGGAUGGAGAAGGUAGCUCCCCCAACAAGGUAUGGGACAGUCUAUGGGAUGCCUAAUCGAGCAUGUCGUCAAUUUCCGUCGUUCCUUCAAGGCGUAGGUACUACUUCUGAAGGGGCAGUGGAUCCUAAGGAGUACCAAGAAAUGAAGCUAAAAGUUAGUCAACUAACAAGUACACUUAGUUCCACGGAGGCAAGGAUGUUGCAUAUGCAGGCCCAAAUUGACAGCUUACUCAACUCGGGGCCCUCUCAUAUUCCCCCGUGUCCCGGGGAUGCUCGUAGGUCACAGUCCAAUAGACGACGUAGGUCACAAGACAACGUAGUUCAUGCUCUUGUUGAUGAGGAUAGUGGGGAGGAAUCGGAUCAUGUCUCUAACACCCAACAAAGUAGUUUAUGGUUGUUUAACUUUACAAUGUUUAAGUAUUUGAAUGUAGUUUUAAGGAUAUUUAGAAGUACUUUAAAUUGAAACUUGAGGUUGAAUUUGAUUUUAGAAUGUGAAGUUUAUGAUUGUAGAAGUACUUUGAUGAAUUGGACGUGUUGAUGAAUUGCAUUGUUGAUUUGGUUGA